AUGAACUGGCUGGGUCGCUGCGCUCUGCUUUUCCCCGCAGAAAGAAUUGACUCGUCCUGCCCUCGACUUGAUGUGCCGAAGACGCAGCAUACGUGCAGGGGUCGGGACUGGAGUGGAUCCAUCCAGUUUGAUCCUCCGAAAAAUCUCCUUCUCCUUGGGCAGUCAGAGAGGACAAGGGUAGUCACCGGACCUGAGGAGGCACGCCUCGAACUUUUUCUCCGAGAGUCCGAACGGGCGGUUUCGAGAACCGCCCAGCUUGCCUGUCAUACUAGCCAGAUCGAAUCGAUUGCUCCAGAAGACCGAAAAACAAAAAACGACUCCGCACUUUGUGGCGUCGUCGCGCAACGUUUACUCCCUCCUACAUCUAUUCAGGAUCGGCCCAACAGUGUUUGCAGUCGUCUGUCAUCUGUCCCGUUCGAGUUGUAUCUCCCGGAUCAUGAAUCAGACCUGACUCAGACUCUCCAAUUCCCACUACCCUUUUGGAUCAGGGAUAUUGCUGACCCUCUCCAUGCAGGGUCGAGGGUGACAGAAGCCAACAUUUCAACUUUUCGCCGCUGCGGAGAAGCGCCACUACACGCCCGCUAG